AUGACGCUAGGUGUGGGCUCCUCUAGCAAGGCCACUGCCCUGCAGGCAGGGUACAGCGUGCAGAUGCUUGGCGCUGCCCUGGCCCCUCUCAACGCCUCCUUGCCCCGACCUGCCACUCCAAGCGCAGUGACUGGGCACAUUCCUGGGGUAGGGCGGAGAGGGAUGAGUGGGUGGAGCAGAGUAGUAAAUAUAAGAUCUCGGGCGCCUCCAGCUUUCCGCUGCGCUGCCGUGACCCUGCCAGCCACCUGCAUCGUCCGGUCUUUCCUAGUGCCGCCCUACACCAUCGUUUACUUCCCUGCCCGAGGGCGCUGUGAGGCCCUGCGCAUGCUGCUGGCAGACCAGGGCCAGAGCUGGAAGGAGGAGGUGGUGACCAAGGACACUUGGCAUCAGGGCUCCCUCAAGGCCUCCUGUCUGUUUGGGCAGCUCCCCAAAUUCCAGGAUGGAGACCUGACCUUGUACCAGUCCAAUGCCAUGCUGCGUCACCUGGGGCGCUCCCUCGGGUUGUACGGCAAAGACCAGCUGGAGGCGGCGCUGGUGGACAUGAUAAAUGAUGGGGUGGAGGACCAUCGUAAGCGCUGUAGCUACCUCAUCCACCAUAACUAUGAGGAAGGCAAAGCCAGGUAUGUUCAGGAGCUGCCAGGACACCUGAAGCCUUUUGAGACUGUCUUGGCCCAGAACCAGGGGGGCCAGGCCUUCAUCGUGGGUGACCAGAUCUCCUUUGCUGACUACAACCUGCUGGACUUGCUGCUGGCCCACCAGGCCCUGGUGCCUGGCUGCCUGGACAGCUUCCCCCUGCUCUCGGCCUAUGUGGCACGCCUUAGUGCCCGGCCCAAGCUCAAGGCCUUCCUGGCCUCUCCUGAGCACAUGAACCGCCCCAUCUUUGGAGGCCUCCAGAUAUGAA